CAAGUUGCAAAGUCAGUCUUAUCCAAAUAUUUGGGUAAAAUAUGAGCAAUAUGUGGUAUUUUUAUGAUUUUUCAGAUUUUCUAUCCAUGGUGGUAGCGUUGUUACUGACUAGGAGAUGUACUGUACCAUCAAAACAUUCUGCAACAAAUUGUAUAUAUUGACUGAAAGUACUUUUUUCUUUCGAUACCUUUGAUUAAGUAAUUUUCAAAUUUUAAAUGUGUUCAUUGAGAAAAAAAACUCAAUAUUUUUUCUAACCUUUCUUUAAACAACUAAACUCAGCUAGUCAAGAUUAUUUAAACCUGCUUCCAAUAACAAUCCACUGGUCUUACUACUGUAGUUUUUCUGGAACCAUUUUUUCAUUUUCUUGAUUAUGGUGGACAAAUCAGGACCAAGGAAUUAAAGGUUAAAACAAAUUCUGUGAAGAAUACUUAUUCUUUUUUAUUCUAAAAUUGUCUUUACAUAGUUUUUAUUGAUCCUCUUAUUUUUCCUUUGAUCUCUCAGCAACACGGAUGAUAAGAGCAUUGACAAAAUCUCCUUUAUAUUAAUAUGGUGGUUAACUUAUAUGAUUAAAGGAAUAUUCACUGGUAGACUAGGGGCGAUCACUAGGGCUGGGUAUCGGCACUGAAAUAACCCAGUACCAAGUAGUAUCGAAACUUCUCCAGUCAAACGAUACCUGCAUUUGAUUCUUUUUGUACCCAGAUCUAGAUAAAAAUUACUAUUUUUAUGGUUUUGCUUUGAUUUAAUGCGACGUGUGAUUGGCCUGCUACCGCAGCUACAGAUAUUAGCUAGCAGCUACAUACAGUCUGUGGUGGUGAAGUCGAGUGCAGUAUAUUUGAAGGAGUUGGCAGUUCAGGUUGCCAAGAUGCCACCAAAAAAAAGGGUAUCGAAUGAAAGACUUUAUUAGUAUCAGUAUCACUUUAAGGGCACUGAUAUUGGUACUGGUAUCGUAAUUUUUUAGAUGAUACCCAGCCCUAGCGAUCACCCCCAUGGGGCCCCCCAUGUUUGAAAAAAACAUAGCAAAAGUGCCCUCUUGGAUCCUACUACGGUAGAAAAAAAACGAAUGAAUGUCCUCUACGGUGCCUUUCCAAUGGAGAAAAUGUGAUGCAGUGCCAUACAGGCUGCCCUACAUACUAGAAAAUUAUUUUUUUUUAAUUGUUGUACUUAAUGUAAUUUUUAAAUUUAAAUCUGAGUCACAUGAUAAAACAAUUUUAAUCUUAACCAGGGUUUUGAACUGUUUCACCAUAAAUGCAUCACAACUGUCUGAGCGCUGGUGCCCCACCGCAUGCAGCUGCUGCCCUUUUUAUUUUUUCUCCCCUGUGCCUCAGACAGCCUGUGUCCGCCACUGUGUAGGAAUGGUAGGAAUACAUGUGUACAUGUGAUGUAAUGUGCAAAGCAUUUAGAGUUUAUGGAAACAUCUAAUAACAACUAAAAUCACCAUUUGAUUUUUAUGAUUUGAAGGCGAGGGCAUUUCAAUUAAAUUAAUCCAGCUUUUCCAAAAUUAAAAACUGAACUAUUAACUACCCUAACAAGCAUUUGGUACACUUUGAAUAAAGCUGCUAUCCAGUUUGCGUCAGUGCCCUGGUGGCAACAAGCCCGGACCCCCUUGUGGCACCCUUAACAAGCCAAGCCAGGACUUCUCACUAUCCAAAACCUAUGGAGGUCACAGCUAUAAUUUUUUUGAGGACUGUUUUGAGGGAAUGCAAAAAUAGUCCUCCCCAUAAAUACUCGCCGUGACUUUACGGGGCUCAGUAAAAAUCAAUGUCAUUUUUUUCUUAGUCACAUAACAGACAUUUCUGUUGUUGCAGCCAUGAUCUUCCCCAUUUAUUUUUAUUUCCUCAAAUGAAUAAAACAGCGGCAUGUAAAUGUCAGCCAGCCCAUGUGGUCAAACAUGAUAUUGCAGCCGCCUUAUUGAAGUCUGCUGAAGGGAAGCAGGUGAAGCUGGCAGUCUUUGAUUAAAACACACUGAGUGUCAAACAAUCAGAUGCAGCCAUGCAAACGCGAAACUGUGAAUGUUCAGGUCUCUGGGAAAGAAACUCUGAAGUAAAUUGUGAAACCAGUCAUAUUCUGACCUCACAACAAGCAAUAGAAAGUUUACCUCAUAUACAAUGAGACAACCGGGAGAGUCAGCUUGUUUUCCAGGGCUGCUAAUGAUAACAACUCCAUGUUUUUGUAAGACUAGUUAGCUACUAGCGAUGGAGUCUGUCAACAAACAAACUAAAUCACCAUCACAGAAACAGUGGGACAUGUUAUGGACUCCACAUGAAAGAAAGGAGAAUGGUCUUCAACUUCAGAUAACAAUCAUCUUGCAGUACGCUCUAAAUGAUCUACUGUCUCAAGUGGAAAAUGUUGAUCAUAUUUUGCAUCGGUCUCGUGUUCACAAUCGGGCGAUGCAUAGAUGACCAAAGCUUUGAGACAAAGACUGUUGGUGUUGGAGAAGAUGUGACUCUAACAUGUAGCCGCCAGUCUAAAUUGUCAGGAUUCUUAUUUUGGAUCAAACUUGCUGCUGGAAACUUUCCUGAAGUUUUAGGAGCUACUUAUACUUUUGAUAGUGCCAACGUUAAUAAGACUCCUCAUAUUACAGCAAAACAAGAGUCUGGAACAUUUAUUCUACAUAUUACCAAAACAGAGCUGAGUGAUACUGCAUUUUACUACUGUGAACAAGUGGUUGAACUACAUACAACAUUUCUGAAUAAAACUUUUCUGAGAGUCGAAGGACCAGAACCUGAUAUCACUGCCGUCAUUCAAGUCCCUCCAUCUGAUCCAGUCCGUCCAGGAGACUCAGUGACUCUGCAGUGUUCAGUCCUCUCUGACUCUGAGAACAGAACAUGUCCAGGAGAUCACAGUGUGUACUGGUUCAGAGCCAAAUCAGAUGAGUCUCAUCCCAGUGUCAUUUACGCUCAUGGAAACAGUGGUGAUGAAUGUGAGAAGAGUCUUGAGGCUCGCUCUCCACAGAAAUGUGUCUACAACUUCUCUAAGAAGGUCAGCUCCUCUGAUGCUGGGACUUAUUACUGUGCUGUGGCCACAUGUGGGGAGAUCUUAUUUGGAAAUGGAACAAAACUGGACAUUGAAGCAGCCGACAUGAGGUUGUUUGGUGAUUCUCUAAGGGCCAAUACAAUGCUGUCUCUGUUGUGUGCUGCUUUGGCUAUAAGUUGGAUUGUUAUAGCCUUACUGAUGUACACCGUCCAGAAAAAACAGUGCAACUGUUGUAAUGCUGCUGGCCUGCAAAGAAAUGCUGCAACAGCCACUGGUGAUCAACAAAGCCAGCAGUUUAAGACAACAUGGAUAUGCAUGAUAGACCCACAGAUGGGCUGUUUUGCAAGCUCAGUGUUAAAUGUGUUUCCCACCCUGCCUGUCUCUUUUGUAUGUACUAGAAAUUUUAAGCUCUUAUGUGGAAAGUUUUUAUUCAAGCUUUCUAAAUGAUAACAUUCUAACAUAAUAACUGACAAAUGCGAUUAAAGAAUAAAGUCAUGUAAACCUAACCUACAGUCUCAAAUAAUAGAUUGUUUGUACAGUAUGUAAUUGAAGAAAUGUUGGGUUUGAACAUAAGAAACGUGUUACUUUGUAAUGUAUAAUUAUGUUAAAAUUAUCCCAGGAAUUAUAAUUGAGAGAGCUGCUUUGUGUAGAUUUAAGAAGUAUUUAAGUACAUUUAUGGACAUUCAUGCUAUUGACAGCAAAAAUGUAUCUCAAGAGUUUUAAGAAACUUAAGAAAAUAUAAGAAUAUCCAGUUGACUUUAAUGAAGCCUUUACCACCAUUGUUUCUUAAUUUGGUGAUUUUUAAACAUAAGAAAACAAUUCUUCUCAGCGGUCUGUUUCUGUGGUUUGAUCCGAUAAAACCAAAUAAGUAUUUUCACUCUGAUGCAAAAGAAAAUGGGGUUUACUAAAAUAUAAUACUUUCACACUGGUAACAGUCUGUUAAUAAAUUCAGUUACAUUUUGUGAGCAGUCUACAAAUUGAUAUAACUGUCAGCCUUAGUAAACUAGUAUCUUCCACUUGCUUAACAAUGCGAAAUAAAGAAAAUAAAAUGCAUUUUUAAGUAA